CUGAAGCGGGUUCAAACAACUGCGCCUUUUCGUAAUAUUUUUGCAAAUCAUGGCUUACCAGGAUAAAAUUGCCGAAUUCAAGUGCUGGGCCACUAGCCUGGGCUGUCCGCCUUCUGACCUGCCCAUCGACGAUGGCUUGGGAAGGAUCUUCAAGUCGGGCUCCAGUCUUCUCCUGAACCAGCUGCAGGCGCGCAUCCACCCGCAGGAUGUUGUGCGAGAGCUGCGCGAGAACCUGCUGAUCGCCCAAGUGGCUCGCUACAAGGACAAGGUAGUACCGCUGGCUUCCCGCAGCUUCCAGCCGCCGGAGCUGCAGCGAUAUCAGCAAAUGCAGCAUCUUAAAAAGCAAAAGCAGAAAGCGGACCAGCAGUUGGCGGAUGCCCGAAAGGAGUACCAGAGACUAGCCGCCACUAUUAAGACCAAGAACAUUCAAGCCACCAGUGCCACGAACCGAAAGCAACUUCUGGAGGCCAAGUGCAACAUCCUCAAGAAAAAACUUGAGUCGCUAAACAAAAACUGCGAGCAGGAGCAGAAAACCAAGACCCAGAUCCUGGCCACCACGCCGGUUGUGCUAAAUGCGAGGAAUGCCAGCGAGAAGCAAGCGGCCCGCGAUGUUGAUGCGGCGCUAAAAAAGCUGGAGAACUUCUACGGUGUGUGCGACAAAGACAUCAAUGCUCAAACCAUGGCGGAGGUUAAACGGCAGCUGUGGGAUGAGAUGCGCACCAUCUUUGCGGACACACCCAACUAUACGCUGCUUAAUGUCAUCAUGAAGAUCAAGGAGGACCAGCUGCAGCACAUAAUGCACCUUAAUGAAGCUAGGGAUAACCCGACAAUGACAAAACCGCCACUCAAUAGCUACGAGGUGAAGCUGCUGAAGACUAAGGCCGACAUGCUGGGACUGGCUGCCAAAUCCCUGGCCGCACACAAGGAGUUGGAGGUGACGGAGGCUCGCUUCUGUCAGGAGUAUAGCGACUUUGUGGACGAGCUGCAGCAGAAAGUGCACAUUUUUAAUGGCAUCGAUGCUGACUCUGAGGAUGCAGAGGCCGCUGAUGAAUUGAUCAGCGACUAUCUCGUCCAGUACAACAUGCGGAACUUCAAUCGCGCCCAGAACGACUUUCUGCGCGAACAUAUUGAACAGCUGCGCCAAGAACUGGACGCCGGCGGCAGCCAGCUGGAGAACCACGACCUGAAGCUCGGCUCCGUGAAGCAGGUGUACGGCGACAUUAACACCUCGAUCAAUCGCAUUCAACAGGAUAUGGUACAGCUGUCGCAAAUCAAAGACAAGAUCGUAUUCUGCCGCAACAUGAUGAAGAAUCUGCUGGAUGACAUGCAGGCCACGGCGCAGAAACAGAAUGCCAAGUCCCAGCUAAUGAGCACUAAGCUGAAGGUCAGCAACAUGUCCAUGCUGGGCGCCGAGAGUUUCUGCUUGGCCAACGACAGCGUCUUCUCCAGCACCAAGAUGGAGCUCGAUUGCAGUGCCAGUAUUAUGAACUCAUCCAUGCGCAGGAGCUUUGACAACAAGACCCUGAUGCCAGGAGCCGGCGAUUUCACAAUCCUGGUGCCACAAUCCGGCGGAACAGUACCCGCACACCUGUUAGAACUGAACACCUUCGCGGAAAUGCCACUCGAAAACCUGAGCUGCCUGUCACGAGCCUGCUCUUUCCUGCUGUCGGCCAAUCCGCUCGUCGUGGAGGGACAGGAGCUGGCCUCCACCGUUCAACUGGCGCCCGGUUAUCUGCUAACACCCUUCGGCGCCCUGCAGGAAGUCCGGAAACGCAUUUUGUGGGCGUCAGCAAUUGCCGCGCACACGUCUGACUUGAAAUUGAAUUUGGAGCCGUUAAUUGUUGAUCCGCACGAUUUGAGACUGAAGGUGAGCCGUCAGCAGGACGAAAUGGACCAAUUGCUGGACAACAUGAAUGCUAUUGGGGUGAAAACCCAGUUGCAACGAGACAGGGCCGAGCGCAUCUAUCGCUUCCUGCUCGACAAUCCGCUGCGGCGCUUCGUUCCGCCCAGCAAGCGGCACAAUAAUGGCUCCUUUGCCGACUACGAAUGCGAGUUCAAUCUCUACUAUCGCAUGACCACCAAUGGAGGGUCGUUGAGAAGUGGAAAUCACGAUUAGGUUUAGCUCAAAAUAUCAUUUUGUUCUCAUUUACAAACUAACUAACUUUUAAAACUAAAUGUGUUCCUUGUUGUGAACUAAAAGAAAAGGUCGUGUACUUUUGUUUUUUAAAUAUUUUUAUUGAUUUUUUUUCGUUUGUUCAUUUGUUUUUUGUCGUUUCUUUUUUCUUGAAUUACAAAGUCGAAAUUGAUUUGAGUCGUCGUUGAAGCCACACAAAAACUGGGCUCAAAAAUCUUGUCUUGUUUAUCAAAAGAAUUUCACAUUGUGCUUAAGACCUAAGUAGAGAGAUGUUUACAGAUGUUUUUGCCUCGAUUUAAUGCAAGUGUUAGUACUAUCAUUAGGGUAUAUUCGAGUUGUCACGAGAAUACUUUAUUGAUUAUUAAAUAAAAAAUAAAAUAUCUCUGUCCCCCCAGUGCGGUGGAAACGGAAUGUGGAAAA